CGUUAGCGUGAAAAUCACCCGAACCUUUUGUUUACAUCCGGUCUAUCUCUUAUCUGAAUAUACUGUACAACUGAACCGAUGUACGAGGGAUGUCUUUUAAGUUUUGCAUAUGGAAAUAAAACAACACGGUAGGUAGUUUUAAAUGACUUUAUUGUUUUUCGAAGUAUUCUCCACGAAGAUUAAUACACAUCUGCAUGCAAACGGCAUUUUUGAAUGCGUCAACUGCUUCUUCUGGUGACUGGAACCUUUGACCACUCAGUCUAAAUCGUUAGGACUUAGGUCGGGACUAUAUGGAGGAUGGUCCAAUAAUUCCACGUUUUCUUCCGUUAAAUACUGCCUUGUUUUUUGGGCUGUGUGCGAGCUUGCAUUGUCUUGGUGGAGGAUGAUUC